GCUGGAGUCGUGUUAGAGCCAAGCUUAUCCUGAAGAGAUAACCCCUUUUCCAGAGCUUCUCUUAGCAGAGGGGAGAACUCAGUACUAACUGACUUUGGCAUCCACGAAGUCCCAGGUGCGCACGUCCUGACCGACUCAGCAGGAAGGUGGAUUUUCUUUGUGUUUAAAGAAAAAAAAAUGUCCCCGUGUCUGUAGAGAUGAUUUGCAGUUCAGCCCGGCUGAAGCUGACCGAAUGAGACUAUGGGCUGUGCCUCCGCCAAGCAUGUUGCCACUGUUCAAAAUGAAGAGGAAGCCCAGAAAGGGAAGAACUACCAGAAUGGAGAUGUGUUUGGCGACGAGUAUAGGAUCAAACCGGUGGAAGAGGUCAAAUACAUGAAAAAUGGGGCAGAAGAGGAGCAGAAAAUAGCAGCCAGGAACCAAGAAAACUUGGAAAAAAGUGCCAGUUCAAAUGUAAGACUUAAAACUAAUAAAGAGAUUCCAGGAUUAGUUCAUCAACCCAGAGCAAACAUGCACAUCUCUGAAAGCCAACAAGAAUUCUUCAGAAUGCUGGAUGAAAAAAUUGAAAAGGGUCGAGAUUACUGUUCGGAAGAAGAGGAUAUCACAUAGCACCAAUUCGACCACUCAAACCAGGAGCUACUACUGUGUAAAUAAGUUACACCCCAGUUGAAAUCUUUGCAAAGGUCGGUUCUCUUCAACGAACAGCACUAUAGCAAACGAAGAUCGUUCCAUAUCGUAUGCCCCAUUAAAUUACAGUGUUUCUUAAUGAACUUGCAAAGGAAUAUUGCUAAAAACAAACAAACAAACAAACAGAAAACCGUUCUCGAACUUUCUUUGUUGCUGCUAGUUAAAACUUGUUGCAACUUUUCACUUCUCUUGUGUCCAGGUAUGCAGCAAAAUUCUGCAAUUUCACCUUAAAGAUACUGUUGGUUUUACAGAUGCUCUCCAACCUAUUUUCUAUAAGAUGAGGUAGUGGUGAACUCAGAUAUCAAACUCCUGUUGUAGAACUGUUCCGCUUCUAAGACAAGCGUCUCCUUCCCUCUCUCCUCCCUCCCUCCCUGUCUCUCCCGAGCGGUCCAGAGCCUUGCUUCUCACUGGCAGUGUUGCGCUUUGGAGAUGGGAUGGUUGCUAUGGCAAGCUGUGUUUCUCUGCUAAGAAGAAGUAGAGAAGCUCUUAUCCAUUAAAAGCAUGUUGUGACGUGACUCCCGGAGUGACGUGGGAGUGAGCAGCAGGUGUCAUUGACUAGGGAUCUUAAUCAAGGAUUAAGCUUGCAACACUGGCUUUGCUCAGAUGCAGACGGAAGUGUGAUCACAAUCAUUUUGAAUCCCUCUUCCCCACUUUUUUUUCUAAGAAAAUAAACAUUUUACUGUUUUUAUGUAUCCUUGUCUUCUCCCAUUCAUCCAGUUCAGUGUUUCACGAUGAUCCCGGGCGCAGAAGAUGAGCCCUCCUUUGCAGUGACACUGAUAAUUGACCUUCGUGGCUCCCUGCCCUCCCAUCCGUCACCCACCACCCGUUAGCAGGCUGUCAGUGGUCAGAAGAGAUGAGGGGACACCCCUCGACUUUUUAGGAGGGCCUGAAACCACCCUGUUACCUUUCAUUUCGUUAGCAAAUAAGCCAUCCUCCGUCCUCACUCUCUCCCUUCAGAAUGUUCCAUGAACCUUGCCACUUCCUCCUCCUCUUACCUGCAGCACUGGCUAGGACAGUGCAAAGCGUCUGCCUACUGGAAAUGUAGCACGUUGACACUGGCGAUGAUAUUUGGAGAUGCAGAAGCCAAAGCCCCAGGGCAGUGGUGGGGGAAUGUUGACUGUGGGUUUGGUAGAGUUUAUUUUUCCAUAUUAUAUGAAGAGAAUGAUCUCUUCUCGAAGACAGAAGUAAUAUUUUUAACAAAUGUUGUCACAAGUAAAUAGCAAUCAAAAAGGAGAAAAUAACUUUUGUAUUUUUUUAACGCGUUUGAUAGCUUUGAUGAGGGUUCUCUUUGUUACUGUCAGGGAAGGGCACCCUAUUAAAUGCUAUGCUAGGUUUGGGUUUGUCCCACAGAAACACAGAAGGAGCACUGGGUGUAUCUCUCUCGUGGGGUUUAUCAGCCUCACUGCCACCCUCCCAAGGUGGGUAGUUAUUUGUCCUGGGUAGCCAAGCAGCACCUGCCAGGGAACAGAAUCAGAAGCUGAAUUUGCACUUGCUGAGGAGAUGAGCCUUGACUUUACAAUCCAUCCAUGUGCUAAUGGUGCGAGUCCUUAUCUCCGUUUAGACCGAGGGGCACAACAGUGAGGGAGAGGAAACUCAGUCAAGUGCUACAGAAAAUGGACUCAAAUGUUAGCAACAAAAGCCCUUAAUUCUUUCAGCCGACAGCAGCUAUUUUGGGGAGCAGCUGUGGUUGUUACAUAAAUAGAGAUGCAGCCAAAAUUUAAGGCUUUUUAUCCUGCUUCAAGCAGAAAAAUGCAGAGAGAGUCAAGUCGCCUAGGGUUCUAAGUUCCCUCCCUUUGUACGGUUUUGGCCAAGUGACUAAAAUAGUUUUCCUCCACCGUAAAUGAGCUGCUGAGCCCCACCUGAAACCUGUCCAUUCGGGACUUGGCCUACUGUUAGAUGAUUUCCUAUUCUUACCAGGCAACAAUGAUGCUGACACGAAGCAUCUUCCCUGUGACUCCUCUGUUUGGUGUCUCAGAGAGUGUCUUCCCACAAAAUCACCGCCUUCUACCCAAAGAUAAAACAUGCUCGUAUCGUUUUUUUCCAGUCAUUUUUAACAUUUGACAUCAGACACAUGUACACGGAACUAAAUGUGUCCUGGGAAUUUGACUUCUGAGUGUUUCAUUAAACUAGAAGCCUGUUCCCAUGAACCAGGGCCUCUUCACCUGGAGUUCUGUCUCCUGGGUUUAACUCUUUGAUGUGCAGACGUGAUUUCAUCUGCAGAUGAAAUCUGCAUACACAUCGGUGUAUCUAGAAAUAGAUCUGAGAAAUGGGGUGGUUGAGUGGGUUGGCAUGAGAUGCUUGACUAUGUUAGCAGCACACAAAGCUUGUCUGUUUUCCAUCGUUGGCUUUAAUCAUAAAAUUGUCAAGUGAUUUGUGUUUGUACUUUAUUUUUUUUAUGCCUUCUGAAAGGGUCUAAUGCAAAAAUAUUUUGCCUUUCCCCUCCUCCCCCCGCCCUCACCCAAGUGUAUCUGAACAUUAAGCAGAUUGUCUCAGAUACAAUGAAAAGAAUCAUCCAGAAACUAGUGCUUCAGCUGGCUGAGGACUCAGGGAGAUGGAAGGAGGGAGGGAGGGAGGGGAGUGGCCUGGCGGAUGGAGGUAGAAAAAGGAAGGAUGAGAAAUGGACUGAGAAGCUUUUAGCAGAGAGAGUCGAUAGCAUGGCCAAGUGCCGGAUGCAAUUCAAAAUCCAGCUGCCUGGCGGCCAGUGGGUGGGGCCGACUGCCAACAAGAUUUACAGCUGGAUUACACACGCUUUAUGUGUUCUAAGUUGUGGAGUUGUAAAAGUUCAGCAGUAUAUGCGCUGCUUUCUUUUGGUUGGCGGAGAUUCAAGAUUCUGGAGUCCUUGCUGUCAUAACUGAAUACGCAUUUGUUACUGGCAGAGAACCUCAAAAGAAGCUUUUACCUCAGCGAUGCCUGCUAGCCCCAGGCUGGAGCAUAGAGCCGUGUUAUGGUCUAUUUAGGGACAAAGAACAGUACAAAGUCCAGAGACGAGGAAACUAGGUCAGCCCACGGUGGCCACCCACAGGCCCGCUGGGAGACAGGUCUCUCCCCCUCUUCAGAGCCCCUGGUCUGAGACGGGGCGUCUCUGACUCGAAUAAGAGAUGAGAUGAGCUGGUGGAGGAGUAGCCUCAGGUCGUCUGGGCUCUGCACUGGCGCUGCCGCAAGUCAGGGGCGCCCCCAGAGUCCGAAGUGACCCGCCUGUGACCUCAGAGCCCCCAGGAGCAGCCCAGGGACGGUGGCGCCCCCUUCCUGGCCCCAUUUGAUGCCAUCCUGCUUUGAGUUGCACCUCUGUCCUCCUCCCAACCUCAUCAAGACUUUCUUCCUCUGAGGGCCAGACUCUCCCAUAAGCCCGCUAAAAGCAGAAAUUAUACCUCUCGUGAAUUUUACCUCAGAGCCUGUGAUGCAGGCCAGCAUAUUGAUUACAAAUUCUGCUCAGACAUUAGGCAAGGAUUUUAAGAGCGCUCCAUCUCUACUGGCCUUAGAAAAGAAACUACGUUAAAUAUGUUGGUUUCCUAGGAAGAAAAAUGAUCAAAUUCUUAAUCCAAGAAAAUACUGACUCUGAAUCUUGGACUCCGGGACUCUAGUAUGUUCUAUAUGAAAGGCAAAACGAUUGGUGUCUAAGGCAGCCUCCCUCCUCCCAACUCCCAAAUUAAAAAAAAAAAAAAAAAAAAAAGGCGUAUUAGAUUGCACUGUAUAAUUUUACAUAAAAUCUGCCUUCCAUGCUUCUGCCCCUGGAAGGCAUUUUCAGAGCUUUAUUUCUUUGUACCUCUCAGAAAUAAAGCUUUUUGUUAAGUUGCUUGAAACGCCAGAAGGAAAAGAAGACAGGGUCGAGGAAAGGGAAUAUAUAUUUAGAGGCAUGAUGAAAAGGUGGCAGGAAGCAGGAACAUUGGCUUCUGGAAGUCACGUGUGGACUGCUAGACCCCCACGCGCUGGUGUAAAGCUGGAUAAGGCUGUCGGCUUUCACGCCGCGGCAACUGUCCUUGCAAUAAACCUUUGGAAUUUUGUGAAUGAGUUGUAUGGGUUGCCUUUUGCCAAUGAAUGGACCUGUUUUUCCAAGGGGAAAAUAUGUCCUUCAGUCACCUUUAUGUGUGUCUCUGGGAAAGGGUCAAAAGGCCACAGCAGAAAAUGAAGAUGGUGGGUGAAUAUAUUUACUUUUGUGACAAACCUGAAGACUAUCUAUACCACGUCUUUCAGGAGACUCUUGUACCUUAUCUGGGAUCUAAUCCUAAUCUUGGGGAAAGAGGAAAAGGAACUAAUAUUUAUUCAUUAUACUCAACUCUGUGCCAGAUACUGUGCUAGGCAUUGUAUAAUUGUCUCAUAUAAUCCUCACCAUAAUCCUGUGAAGCGAAUCUGUUCCCCUCGUGUUCUAAGUAGUGUAUCGUAAGUACAGAAUGCAUCUAUCCAACAUAAAUGCCCAUGUUGAAAGAAGGAAAGAUGUCAUUCAAGUAUUUUCCGAAUUUUUUAUUAUUACUAUGCCCUUUGCAACACUGUGAAAACAACCCUUUGAGGGUGUCUACCUUCCAGACUCUCUCUUUGGCUCGUCACCAGCUAGCUUUGCCAUGGGGAAUGUUUUCUUUGGCCUUCCCGUAUCUGAUGAGCUGCCCACAAACAGGAGAGGCCACUGGCUAACAGGAGUGUAGGGUCCACAAGAAAAAGGCUUUGGGAAUUUAAGCACAGGUCUCUCUUCUUGGAAUCCUGACAGCAUCUGGAAAAGGGACCUGGGACUUCUGCAGUUAAACACCAGAUGCGGCCAGAUGCAGCCAGAACAGGCCUUUGAAAAUUUUUUUUUUUUCAACAUUUAUUUAUUUUUGGGACAGAGAGAGACAGAGCAUGAACGGGGGAGGGGCAGAGAGAGAGGGAGACACAGAAUGGGAAACAGGCUCCAGGCUCUGAGCCAUCAGCCCAGAGCCUGACGCGGGGCUCGAACUCACGGACCGCGAGAUCGUGACCUGGCUGAAGUCGGACGCUUAACCGACUGCGCCACCCAGGCGCCCCCAGAACAGGCCUUUGAAUGCUUGAUUUCCUUCCCUGGCUCCCCAGGCUUAUUUCAUCACAGGCUGCACCAUUUUAAGGUGAAAAGCCUUAACCUUGCAGAGAAGUGUGGGAGAAUCUGAGCUCCAAAGGUAGAGGAAAGGCCUCGACCAUUGACUUACAAUCCUUUCUUGUGGGCUAGGUCUUGAUGUCUCUUUUUGAUGUUUGAACCGGGGUCUGUAUUUUCCAGGCUAGUAUAAGCACUGAAACUAGAUGUGAAUCUCUCUCAAGACUUUAAUGUUUUGGAUAGUCAUGUAGUGACUUGAAUAGUCAUUUAAAUAACUUGUCCAAGGUCAGAAGAGCCCAAGAAUUCCCCAGAGUUCCUUUCCUUGCUUCUAAAGGCACAUCCUCGAUAGAAGAUGACUCACGUCUCCAUGGCAACUGUUAAAGGUGCUGCCUAGAGGGGACCCACCCCUACCCUCACUUGGGUUGAAAGAAUCAAAAGAAUUUCCUUGUGUAGAGGGGGUGCUAAGUUCAGUUUUCCUGUGAAAACUAUCCCCAAGAUCUCACCUCCUUCAAACCCGGCAGCUGUCAAAUUCCUUCAAGAUAACGUGGGAAAUGGCUCUUCUCUCUUGUAAGCCAGAGAAAUGGCUUUAAUUCAGCAAGAUUCAUUCCUAAACCAAAGGCCUCAUUCUAAUACUGUCUUCUGCCUCUACCCAGAAUUCUCUGUUUUUCCCUUUCUAGGAGUUAUUUUUAGUCCAAGGCUUUGAACUUGAUUGAGUAAGACUUAGAGGCAGUAAAAAGAACUCCAUAAACUCAGCCAGAACUGCCUUAGGGUCCCUAGGAUUGAAAAUAGCUCUGGCACCUUAGGGACCACUUGGCCUAGACCCAGAGGUGAUCGAACAGCCCCUGUGUUUUGGGCAUUUCCGUCCAGACCUUCAGGGACUGUUCUUUCUUGACAGUCAAGUGAGCGAGGGAAGGGAAGCUUCACAAUAGAUUUCAAGCCAGCUUUUCCAUUCAAAACAAGAUGCAAAUUUAUUUUUAAAAAUUCAUAUCUAUUUCCCUGGAACAGAAUCAGGCAGCUGCCUUAUUAGGACUCUAAAUUUGGAUCUAUUUUCUUAACACACACACACACACACACACACACACACACGCUCACAUGCACAUGCACAAAGAUGCAUAGAGAAAGAAAAUAUAACUACUUUAUCAUUGAAAUA